AUGGCGUCUCGCGAACCUGCCAACUUGGCGACUCUUCCGACCGAGCUUAUACAUGUCAUCUGCGUGCAGGCUUUGGUCGCCGCGAAGCCUCUACCGUCCACAGAGUUUGUGGGGAAACAGGGGAAGAGAGCCGAAAUCCCUAUAGCCUGCCGCUACCGAGAGUGGACGCUCGGCCUUCGGCUAAUCUGUCGCACCAUGAACGCAGUGCUUGAGCCUCUAGUCCUGAACCGUCUCACUCUGAACAGGGAGGAUCUACUGUCGGGAGCAUCUGGCAUCCACGAGAUGCUUGAGACGAUCGCAUCUGGGACUGCUUCUCCAAUCGCAAAAUACACGAAGAGCCUGUUCAUUGGCUCGCUUCAUGAUGUGUCCUCCGCCGCUGAUUCCGAUGAAUCGGACAUGGCUGGAGGUCCGAUUUAUCCAGAGGAAUAUGAAACUCACAAUUAUGAUGAAGAGGUCGAGAACGACGGCGAAGAUGAGGGAGAUCCGUCCUUGUAUGGUUCACGGCAUGAUUUGGGUCAGCAUAUCCAGGGCAUAUUCAGCUAUCUUGAGGAUGUCGAGGAUGUCGCAGCGGAGGAUGAUCUAGCCAACUUCCAAGACGACGAUGCGGAAACGAUAUUGCGAGUUUCUCGUCUCAUACGAGACGCUCUCAUCAAAUUCUCCACCCUGGAAUCGUUCAGAUGGAACAUCAGAGCUGCCAGCCAUAAGACUCAUGUCUUUUCCGCUGUCACAGAAGCCCUUUCAACCCUUCCAUCAUUGUCCAAUGUAGCCUUCGGUAUCCACCGAGAACGACUUAACCUUCCAGCUCUUCCGACCUUCCCGAACACGGAAAGUCUGUCACUGUGUAUAUAUGGCCUUGGAUGCUGUCACAGAAGCUCUGUGGAGAUGUCCGAGCUCAUCUCUACUAUGGCGAAGACCCUUCCGGCAUUCCCAGCUGUCGAAAACUUAUCAGUCCACAGCUAUAGCUACGAAGACCCCACCAUCAAGGACGUCCUAUCUUACUGCUCUCCCGAACGCGCACCGCUAUUGAAAUCUCUUAACCUGCUGAACGUCCCCUUCGUCGUGGACGAUACCACGAUCCCCUACCUCCGACACUUGGAGACUCUUUCCACUAUCUUCAUGAUAAACUCGGGAGGAGCGACCGCUUCCAAAGGAACGUUGCCCGCAGACCGCCACGGAUCGACAAGUUUACGGUCCCUCACCGUAGAUAGUUACUGCGACAGUUCAGCCUUCUCCAUCGUUCCUCCCUCCGGUCUACGCCACUUAUCACUCCUAAGGAUGUCUACAUGGGGCAAUGCCGACAUGCCAUUCACCCGAGUCAUGUUCGACAACCUUUUGACAGGAAAUGCUGAAACGCUGGAGAGCCUGGCGGUAUUGCCAUCGGACGAUGUCUCGGAUCCCGAGGCUCGAAGCUGGACUUACGAUGACUCUAUGAUGGCUAUGAUGGCCAGAUGCCGCAAGCUCCAGCAUUUGGCCGUCAUUAUCGCUGUCGGACAGAAUAGCGCUGCCGACGCUUUAAUUGUGAGGAAGGUCGUUGCCUCUGUUUGUGAACUUGAUCAGCCCCUGCGUACACUCGCACUUGAUCUUUACGAUACUAGCAUCAGCCCUUAUACCGGUUUACGCUACAGUCGACUGCGUCCCACUGUCGUCCGGGAGUUCAUCAAACAACUCGAGUCCAUCGUCAUUCCUGACCCUGAAAGCACGGAUGCUAAUCCUCAUCACUAUCCUACCUUCAUACGCAUCGGCGAUCGCACCGCUUCUUAUCGCCUUAGUCGGUCGGGUGUAGGUGAUGUUCGAUACGUGCGAAUGGAGUGGGACGAAGUGGAAAGUUUGGUGUCGACGUUGCCUGGAGGAGAGAGCGCACGCCUCUGGUGAAGUAAAACUGACCUAUCUACGGUAUUCCUUGGUUUUCAUAUCGCUCCAUCGUGUUUUGAUUUGCAUGCUUUCGUUGACCUUUGUUGUUUCUGCUUUCACGACGUUGUUACUUGCUUGUUUUCAUGCCACGUCCCAUAAAAUCUGUGUUG